CUCCUUUCUCCUCUCCAUGCCUCUCUGGCUCUUCCAAGCUCGUGAGGCACAAGACAAAAAGGCAUUGAAAGGUGGCUCCAAAAUAAACGGCCACCUGCAUGUGAGCCUGUCUUGGAUUCCGGACUUUCUCUGUCUAUCUCCUUAGAGCGAGAAGUAAAUCCCUCUCACCCUCUGCUACAAACCUCCCAACCCCACCACCCCCUUCUCCCACUCCAUUGCAGUAAAAAAAAAAAAGGGAGCAGCAGUAGGGACAGAAAAGAGAAAGGAGCUUCCAGCACAAUCCUCCCCCCACCUUCCACUCAUUGCUACAUUGCUUCCAUUAGCUGUUAAGAAACAAGGGAAGGUAGAGAGACAAGAGUGUCAGGGGAUGCAGGGGAGCACUAGAAGGAGAGCUCUAGCUAGAAAUCGGGUGGCUGCUGGCUCUGUCUGGGAGACAAGGAUGAGAAUGGAUGAAGUCAAGGGUGGCAUCAAGGUGUUCAAUGGCGACGAGAGCCGCGACGACGAUGGCAAUGCCGACGAGGAUGGGCUUAGGGUGUACAGAAGGCUGAGGAGGAAUCAGAGCGAUGGCGUCUCCACGGAGAGGAGGAAGAGGAAGAAUUGGAGGCCGCCUGAGCCGGCGGCGAGUGGCUCCAUGGUGAGAAGCCCGAUUCCGCUGAGGAAAGUUAAAUCAGAAUUGCUGAAUUCUCCAAGGCUUCGUGGUGAGAAUUGUGGGGAAAUUGGAGAGGAGAAGGUUGUUUUGGAUGGUGUGGGAAAUGAUGGUGGGAUUGGGGAGAAGCAAGUGCUGCUCAUAGACAAUGGUGGUGGUGGUGGUGAUGAAGAAGAGGAGGUUGAGAUAGAGGUAGAGGAGGAAAAGAAGAACUUUGAUGACAAGGAAAUGGAUGUACCAGUGGAGAAACCAAAGAAUGUGGAGGAGGAGGAGAGAAUUAAUCAGAUCACAGCUGAUGAGAAGCCGAAGAUUGUGGAGGAGGAGAAGAGAAUUAAUCAGAUCCCAGUCGAGAAGCCGAAGAAUGUGGAGGAGAAGAGAAUCAACAAGAUCCAUGAGAUAGCAGUGCUGCCGAAAGUAGAAAAGAAGCCGAUGCUGCAGGUAAUACGCCGCCGGCCAAUUCAUCUGGAUCCCAUAAAACCAUCUCCUGUUGAAGUAGAAGAAGAAAUUUUUGUGAACAUAUCGGCGACCCAGAACAGAAUGCAGAACAUUGUGAAUUUGGUGAUGUGGAGAGACGUAUCGAAGACGGCUUUCGUCUUUGGUUUUGGAACAUUCUUCCUCCUGUCCUCUUCCUAUGCCAGGGAUCUUAAUUUCAGCCUAAUUACAGCAACUUCCUAUCUGGCUCUCGUCUAUCUCGCUUUAAUUUUCUUGGUCAAGUCCAUUCUCCGAAGGGGAGCUACCAUAGAAUAUGAUGAAAAGGAUGAGAGGUACAUGGUGGGAGAGGAGGAGGCCAUCUGGCUUCUGAGGCUGCUUCUUCCUUACAUAAACGAGCUGAUGUUAAAGCUCAGGGCUCUUUUCUCUGGAGAACCCGCAACUACCAUGAAGCUGGCGGUGUUACUAUUUGUGAUGGCCAGGUGUGGAGGCUCCAUCACCAUAUGGACAUUGGCCAAACUGGUGUUCUUUGGAGUUUUCACCAUCCCAAAAGUGUACUCUACCUAUUCAACUCAGCUGGCAAAAUAUGGCAAAUUUUGGUUGGAGAGAUUUAGAGAUGGAUGGGAGACAUGCACCCACAAGAAAGCGGUCGCUGCCGCCAUGUUCACCCUCAUAUGGAACCUCUCAUCCACCGUCGCUCGCAUUUGGGCUGUGUUCAUGCUGGUUGUGGUAGUAAAAUGCUACCAACAACAUGUAGCGGAUGAGUGGAAUGGGCAAGAGGAAGUGGUGGUGGAGGAAGGACAAGGAGAUUCCAAGCCAGCCCGGAGCCAGGGUCCUAGACAAGUCCACCGACAUAAAGGUGGGCCAACUCCUACUGAGGUGAAGAUAAAAAAAGGGAUUUAAAUAGUAGGGGAUGGAAGAGGAGCGAGUUAUUUUUGGCCAUGGCCAAUGGGAAGGAGGACAGUACAAGAUGAAGAGAGGAUGGGAGGUGCAAGCAAUCUUUAUUUUUCAAGGCAUCUCCACCGGUGUCGAUUGAUCUCUCUUUAUACUAGCACGCACAUGUGGUCCUCUCAGGCAAUGGGGAUAAUAACAUUAUUAUUAUUAUCUUUUUCAUCUGUACAGAGGCUCAGUUUAGUUCUUAUUUUUUGGAUCUCCAUUUAAAAAAAAAAAAUCUGUCAGAUUUUGUAGAGGUUCUAAAGUAAUCUCUGUUCUGAUUGUUGUGUGGUGUGAUGGCUAGAUGUACUUACUAAAUAACUAGCGUGUUUGCCCA